AAUGAGACGGCUCGUAGCAACAGUUUUCGCCGGAUGUUUGUUAGUGAGUUUCGGGAGGUAUACGUUGGUGUUGGUACGUAAGGUAGUGUGUGGAAAUCAAAUAUCACAUACAAAAAUGAGUGCACAACUAAAGGAUAUGGUUUCCGUGGAUUUCGAAGUUUUUGGGAGAGUUCAAGGCGUGUUCUUCCGGAAAUACACAGUUGAUGAAGCCAAGAAAGUGGGUGUAAAAGGUUGGAUUAUGAACACACCAAAAGGUACAGUUCUUGGAAGAAUAGAAGGAGAAGUUAAAAAAGUGGAACACAUGAAAAAAUGGCUUCAAACGACUGGAAGCCCAAGUUCCAAAAUUGAAAAAGCAGAAUUCAGAAAUGAAGCUCCAAUUCGUCAAUACUCAUUUGCUUCUUUCACAGUCAAGCACUGACACUUGUUUUAUGAACUGCUUACUAAAAAGUGAUAUAACAUUGCUAUUUUCCGAAGAAGUGGCUACAGGAAACAGGCAGUCCUAUGGCCAAGGUAGAAAAAGUAGAAUUCAAAAAUGAAGUCAAAAUUACUUCAUGUUCAAAUAAUGAUUUCAAACUGAAGAAUUAAAUUUAUGUAUUAUUUAUUUGUGAAUAUUACACUUGUUUCUAAACUAUUUAUCUAUUUAUUUAUUUAUUUAUUUAUUUGUUUAUUUAUCUAUUUAUCUUUCAUACCAAAGAAUUUGUUGCUGCUUUUAUUUUGUAACAAAAAUUUUAAAUAAUCACAGAUAACUUAAUUUUUUGAGGUAUAUAAUACCACUGUUUUCAGAGGUCUAAACAUUGUUGAUUUGAUAUUUUGAUGGAUACAGGCAGUUGACUUGUGAUGAUUUGCAGACAUUGCAUUUUAACAAAACACACUGCAAGUAUAACAAGUGAUGUAUUUUAACAACAGAAAUUUCCUGCCUAGCUGUGUAAAUGGUGCUCCUGGAUUGUUCUCAUUCAUAUUAUUAAUUCUGAGUAUCUAGAAUUUUUGUAUGUCACUGACCAACAACAAAUAUGGUUUGCAAAAUAAAAAAAAUUGUAAAACAU